AUGGCCGACACAAAGAAAACUCAAGCCGUUGAUGGCUUGCGCGGUCAGCCCUACGAUGGCUUCAACAGUGAUGAGAGGCCUGUCGCUGAUAACGCCAGUACCAUCGAUGCGCAAAACUUUGCGUUCACCGAAGAUCGUAAGAUUGGCGUCACCGGCGCUGUCUUUUUGAUUCUCAACAAGAUGAUCGGUACCGGAAUCUUUUCUACACCCUCUAGUAUCUUUGCAGCUACUGGUUCCGUGGGCAUAUCCCUAAUGCUGUGGAUCAUCGGUGGCUUCUUGACCUUUUGCGGUUUGAGCGUUUUUCUCGAAUUCGGACUGGCGAUUCCAAGAUCUGGCGGAGAGAAGAAUUACCUUGAAAGAGUCUAUCGACAUCCCAAAUACUUGGCUACAUGUGUCUUGGCUAGUCAAAUGAUUCUUCUUGGCUUCUCCUCAGGCAACUCUCUAGCAUUUGGACGUUAUAUUCUCUAUGCAUCGGGUAGAGAGACACCUGAUGGAUGGGAGGCUCGCGGUAUAGCAGUUGCAUGCAUCACCUUCUCAGUCCUCCUUCAUAGCACGCUUCCAAAGUGGGGUAUCCGAUUAUUCAACGUCUUGGGCGUUUUCAAAGUCGUUAUCCUCUUGUUCAUCGUCUUUUCAGGCUUUGCUGCACUGGCAGGACACCGUCGCGUUCCCAAUCCUCACAACUUUGACAACGCGUUCCGCAUAGAAGACGGCGACGGAUAUGGUGGUGGAGGAGCAUACGCUUACUCGAACGCCCUCCUCAAUAUCAUCUACAGUUACAAGGGCUGGGAAAACGCGAACUACGUCCUCGGCGAACUGAAGAACCCCAGAAAGACACUUGCUGUCGCAGCUCCCAUCGCCAUCGGCGGCGUAACGAUUCUUUACGUUCUCGCAAACGUGGCGUACUUUGCAGCGAUUCCCAAAUCUGACCUCGCCAAGUCUGAAGUCAUCGUCGCUGGCCUCUUUUUCAGGAACGUUUUUGGUGAAAGCGCCGCGGCGAGGAGUCUGCCUGCGUUCGUCGCGUUGAGUAACUUGGGUAAUGUUCUGGCUGUUUCGUUUGCGCAUGCCAGAGUGAACCAGGAGUUGGCUAAAGAGGGCAUGUUGCCUUUUAGUCGAUUCUGGGCGUCAAACAAGCCUUUUAAUUCGCCUGCUCCAUCCUUGUUUCUUCAUUGGAUUGUCACUGUCGUUGUGCUUCUUGCACCACCUGCUGGACCAGCUUAUAACUUUAUCGUCAACUUAUACACUUACCCUGGCGCCUGGAUCAACGGUUUCGUCACGGCUGGCCUUAUCUAUCUUCACUGGAGCAAAUCAGAAAACUGGAAAUCGCCAUGGUACACAUACCUUCCGAUCUCGGUACUUUAUCUACUCGCCAACAUCUUCCUCGCUUUCGUGCCGUUCAUUCCACCUGAUGGCGACUGGAACGCGGAUGGAUAUCCGUACUACGUGUUCCCUGUCGUCGGUGUUGGUGUUUUGAUACUCGGUGCUGUCUACUGGACAUUCUGGACCAAGAUCUUCCCAAAGAUUGGAGGAUACAAGGUUGUUGCUGAUAGGACAUUCGAUGAUGCUGGUGUUGAGACGGUGCGGUACCGUAAGGUUUCUGUCCGGCAUCAUUAA